AUGAACUUCUCUCAGAAACUAAAGGAGUUUCUCAGCUCCGAAAAAUCCUUCGCCGUAGUAUACUCCAGCCUCUCUGCCUCGCGCAUAGUCACAGAAAAAACCUCUCGUCUCGUAGUUUUGGACUCUUCCUUCAACCCACCUCAUUUGGGUCAUUGGAGUUUGGCCGAAAAAGCCUUAAAGUUCAACUACUCCACGAAUUCAGAUCCUCAAAUUGCACAAGUAGACGCAAUUGAUCUGGAUGUUCCAAUUGAACCUUCAAAAAAUGUUGUAGGUGACAAAAACAGUGCUUCGGCAUUACUUCUACUUCUCUCAGUAAAGAACGCCGAUAAAGCUAACCUGACGCCUGCUCCGUUUGAGCACAGACUAGAAAUGAUGUAUUUGAUGGCCCAGAAAUGGCACCAAGUGACCAAAGGUGACGUGAGCAUUGGCAUCACGAGCCACGCUAAAUUUGUAGAUAAACUGGUGGCUAUCCUUGAGCAGCUUCCACAUCCGGCAAAACUCACGUUUGCCGUAGGUUACGAUACGCUCGUGCGUAUUUUGGAUCAGAAAUAUUACUUGCCCGACCGUCUUCUGGACUCUCUUUGCGAGUUUAUGAACACUUCGGACAUAUUUUGCUUGACUAGAGCCGAUGAUCCCGACUCUAGUGUACAACAGCUUCAGUUUGUCGAUGAUCUUGGUCGUGGUCACUUUGCCCACAUUCCCAAAUCAUGGGCUCUGAGUAUUCAUAUCUUAAACGUUCCUGGCCUGAAAAUUAGUCUGGUGAGUUCUUCGCAGAUUAGAAGGGACUAUGCUGAGGGAAGAAACUCAGAAAAGGAUAGUAUUUUGGCUGAAGUCGACAACUAUAUUUUGAAAAACAAACUAUACACCGAGUGA